AUGACUGGAGCUGGCAUCUCGACUUCUGCUGGGAUACCCGACUUUAGAAGCCCAGGAAGUGGUCUCUACAAUAAUCUGCAGAAAUACAACCUCCCUGAUCCGCAAGCGGUCUUCGACAUCUCGUUCUUUCAUGAGAAUCCUGAGCCGUUCUUUGCAUUAUCCAAGGAACUAUUCCCGGAGAACCUCAAGCCAACUCCGUGCCACUAUUUUGUGAGGCUCCUCGAAAAGAAAGGAAUUCUUAGAAGAUGGUUUACACAGAACAUCGAUUCACUGGAAUUCCUAACUGGAAUACCUGAAGAUAAGGUUGUGACUGCUCACGGUUCACAUCGCACGAGCACGUGCACCAGGUGCAGUAAAAAGUUCGAUUUACAGUGGCUUGAAGAGCGGCUGAAGGAUAAAGAUUGUCUAGUGCCGCGAUGCGACAAGUGUGAGGGCGUUGUCAAACCGGAUAUAAUUUUCUUCGGGGAAAACUUACCGAAACGCUUCUUCCAGUGUGCUAUCUCGGAUUUUCCCAAGUGUGAUCUGCUGCUCAUAAUGGGGACAUCAUUAGUGGUUCAACCAUUUGCUAGCAUGGUGAACGAAGUACGUUUGUUCGGAUCUUCCAGAUACCUCGCGUGA